AUGGCUUAUAUGUUUAAUAACAUUCGAAAAUACACAACUGACGCUAUUGAUAGGAUUGCAAUUGAUGCUGUUGAGACUUUAAUGUAUCGUCUUUGCUGUGAUAUACUUGCGGAUUUGGAUAAGGAUGUAACUAUCACACCGGAUGAACGAAAAAUAAAUAUAACAAAAGUACUACGACUUAUUGAAAAUCUCCCAUCAAUGCCCACCCUUGAUUUUAUUGCACAAGCUCACGUGUUAUUCAUUACAAAAGUGAUAAUGAACUACUCAGUAAUUAAGGACGUGCUAAUACCGUUUCACAACAUGUUUCAUUAUGUACCACAUAUUCAAAAUCCACCAUUUUCAGAAUUAGUUACUGGUAAACUCCUAUCGCCAGUUAAAGAUGCGGAAGAAUUCAAAGAAUACACGAUCAAAUUAGUGGAGUUGAUAAGAUCCAGAUUUCCCAUCAUGCUGAGCGAGUUAUAUGAAAACAACGAGGUAAUAAACAAAUACAAUUUGAAUAGAAAAGAUUUUAGCGAUCUGCAACCAUCGAAAAAGCUGAAGAAAAACAGAUCGCUUUCUGUAUAG